AUCUCAGAACCCCCCACCACCACAAGAGUCAUCUUCGUUACGAAAAAACAAACAUCAACAUGUCUACCGUUAAAACCUUAUCUUCUUGCAAUGCUAUCACCAUUCCGAGCUUCGAUGAGCAACGAUGGGUCAUCAACAUCCGUCGGAGUCUUGAGGAAGAGCUCGAGGACGAUACUCAAGUGCCCGUAUGCAUCUUCAACGUCCCGAAAGCACUCAUAUCAUGUGAUCCCAAUUCCUACAUCCCACAACAGGUAGCCUUUGGCCCUUACCAUUACUGGCGUCUCGAGCUCUGCGAUAUGGAGAGGUACAAGCUCAUGGCAGCCAAAAGAUAUCAGCAACGACUGAAGAACGGCCUCAAGUUUGAAGAUGUUGUCGAACAGUUGGAAAAGCUCGAGGCCUGUAUUCGAGCUUGCUAUCAUAAAUACUUGGAUUUAAACUGUGAAACCCUGGUAUUGAUGAUGGCCAUUGACGCUUCUUUCAUGCUCGAGUUUUUACAGGUGUAUGCCCUUGAAGAAAGGAUGACGCUGCAUAGAGUUCCCUCCAGAGGGAUGUCACAUCUGGUGGAUGGAAGGAAGUCAGCCCACAACGCAAUUCUCAGGGAUAUAGUGAUGCUUGAGAAUCAAAUUCCUCUGUUUGUCCUGCGAAAGAUGCUUGAAUUUGAAAUCUCAUCACUGGAUUUCGCUGAUGAAAUGUUGAAUUCGAUGUUGAAGGGAUUAUGCAGGGAGUUCUGUCCUUUCAAAAGGAUUGAGAGUUUUGCAGACAACCUCGACGUUUCCAACCGUCAUCAUAUUCUUGACCUUCUUUAUCACAUUUUGGUUCCCAAGGUGGAAGGAUCGUCUGAACCAAUUGAGGAUCCUAAAAACUCCACAGAGGAAAACGGAGAGAUCACCAUGGAGCAGCAAUCAAGCUUAUUAAAACAGAUUCUGAAAGCGAUAUGGAAGCUGCUUUUGAAAAUAAAUGCAUUUGCUCCUCUGAGUCUCAUUGAGAAACUCGUAUUUUCCAAGCCUAUGAAAGUCAUAUUCAAAUUACCCUGGACAAUCCUCUCCAAAAUCCCUGGAGUUUCAAUCCUGAUAAAGCCUUGUGUACCUUUUUUGUCCUCAGAAGAAGAAGACGAACAAAAAAUCAAUCCCCAAAACGGAAGUUCCGCCAUACAUAGACCUCCUCUAGUGGAAGAAAUCGCCAUUCCUUCCGUUACUCAGCUCUCAAAAUCCUGUGUCCGUUUCUCCCCCACCAAGGGCAACAUCUGCACCAUCAGUUUUGACGUCAAGACAUGGACUCUAUACCUGCCGAUCAUCACUUUGGAUGUUAACACAGAAGUCGUUUUGAGGAACUUGGUAGCUUAUGAAGCAACAAACGCAAGUGGACCGCUGGUUCUUACGCGUUACACGGAGUUAAUGAACGGAAUCAUUGACAGCGCGGAGGAUGUAAAGUUGCUGAGGGAGAGGGGCAUUAUUUUGAACCGAUUGAAGAAUGAUGCAGAGGCAGCAGAGAUGUGGAACGGGAUGAGCAGGUCCAUCAGAUUGACGAAGGUCCCGUAUUUGGACAAGGUGAUUGAAGAUGUGAAUAAGCAUCAUAACAGCCGGUGGAGUGUUAAGGUCUGCAAAUUCUUUAAGAAGAAGGUGUACAGUUCUUGGCAGAUCCUGACGUUUCUAGCCACAAUUACCUUCAUGCUUUUGCUCAUGUUUCAAUCAUUCUGCUCGGUUUACAGCUGUUCGACCCUAUUACGUAGGUUGUGACGCCCAUGAAUUUAGCUAGGAGAUCUACCAUGUAAUAGGUGAUCUGAUUUUCUCAUAGAGAGUAUUUUAAAUGCUUUCCUUAUUCUAUACCUAAGGGUAUAGAUUAAAAUGUAUUAAUUGUA